AUAAAUUGAAUAUUUAUAUACCUAAGUAUUCUCUCUGCCAAGCCAUUACGUAUACGCUUGGAAUGCACGUUUUUAAGUUUCGCAAAAUGUGAUGUUUUUUAAUGGUCUGCAAUAAAGCCACUUGUUUAAAAAAAAUUAAAAAAACGUAAAUCAUUUUACAUAGAAACUUAUCAAACCCACAAAAUACAAUAAUAAUACACACAGACACAUUCAUAAAUCAAAUCAAUCAUGAACUUAAUGUUUCGAAAAAAUUUCCGAGAGGGCGCAAAUAAGUCCGGUGGUGGCGGCGGAAAACUGCAGUCGAAGGCGAAUCGAACAAAGCGGUCACGCGACAUCGGCCUAAUGCAGCAACAGGAAGAGAUUCAUUAUCGCACCCAUCUGUUUUUCUCUCCAAAUCGCUCGGGCUACGAGGUGGGCGAAGAAUCCAUUGCAGAACGAUGUAGUGCAUUCUCGGGUAUACCCAGUUCGGCGGUAUCGACCACCACAUCCUUCGCACUACCUUCAAAGCCCUAUGAAGUGGACGCACCGCAACCGCUAGUCGAUCGCACGCCACCUGUUUCUGUAUUGCGUUGGAAAACCGCUGGCACAACCAAUACCAUAACACAGACAAAAUUGUACAAAGUUGAACAGCAAGAGCAGCAGCAAAACUACAAACAAUCCCACAUAGGGACACCAACAGACAGUCCAUCAAUGACAAAUGACACAACUGCUGUCGUUAUGCCUACGGCUGCGAGGCAAGUGAAAUUUGGCUUUGGGGACAAAAUGGACACAACAACCUCGGAACCCAUUUCAAUGGCCAUGCUUAAUCGGGAUUGUCUUAUCAUACCAAUACACAGUAUCGAUCGUUUUUUACCCGCAGGCUUACCGGUCCCUGCCUUUAGUACCAAUGGUAAUUGUAACAGUCCCUUAAAUGUUUUGGAGAUCGCCGACCCCAAGCUCUGUUUACUUGUGCAUCUAAUGAGCCCCUUGGAAGCAAUUGAUCCACUCAUUGAAUCUCCGCUAUCAUAUCCACUGGCUAAGCAGCGCUCUAUUGCAUCCGAACUCCUUACGGAGGUGCAACAGGCUAACACGGCUGUAGGAGGCAUGUUGUUAGCCAAUAUGGAAAAAGCUUCCGAGUUCCCAUUUAUUUCAUAUUACCUUAUAAACACCAUUCAAACAGAUCCAUCAACCUUCUACGCAGGCUUACGCCUUUCGUCGCUUUCGAAAUUUGAGCCAAAAGUUUUAAACGCCCCCGAGAAGUGAUCCGUAGCUAUGGCU